UGGAUCUAUCGUCGCCGGUGCAUUCACAGAGCAGGAAAGUGGAACAGCAGUGAGGACAAGUUGUUUCUGUAACGUUAAUGUAAUUAAAAUUUUACAGGAUAUAAACUUAAAUUGGUUUUGUCAAUACACCUAAGCUCGAGCCUUGACUCAUGGCACAGUUUGGGGGACAGAAGAACCCACCGUGGGCGGCCCAGUUUGCUGCCACAGUGGUGUCCCAGCCCGGCCACUCAGGACAGUCCCUGGACCUCAACAGCAUACACUCUCUAGGUGUGCAACAGCCAUCUCUCUUGGGUGCGUCUCCCUCUAUGUACUCCCAGCAGUCAGCCCUGGCUGCAGCCUCCCUCAACUCCCAGUCGGCAGCCGCUAACUACCAGUUGUCCCAGCAGGCUUCAGCCCUGCAGCAGCAAGCCGCAGCUGCCGCCGCUGCAGCACUGCAACAGUCUCAAAUGAACUCGGCCCUGCAGCAGUAUCAGCAGCAGCAACAACAACAACAGCAGCAGCAGCAGCAACAACAGCAGCAACAGCAGCAGCAACAACCUCCUCCACAGCAGCCUCCUCCUCAACAGCUCUAUAAUGUACCCCAUCAGCAACAUCAACAACAUACAGACUCAUACGGGCAACAUCAACAACACACAGACUUAUACGGGCUCCCCCAGCCUCAGCAAGCGCUGAUUUCACAGAACUGGAGUGGUGAAAACAAAUUCCCGCCCCCUGUGGCUCUCCCCACCAGCCUCUCUCUGUCCAACCCCCAGCAGACAGCCCAGAUCACCGUGUCCUAUCCCACGCCUCGCUCUAGCCACCAGCAGCAGAGCCAGCAGCAGAGCCAGCAGCAAAGCCAGCCACAGAAGCAGCGCGUCUUCACCGGCGUGGUCAACAAGCUGCAUGACACCUUUGGCUUUGUGGACGAGGACGUCUUCUUCCAGCUCAGUGCGGUGAAGGGGAAGACCCCCCAGGUGGGCGACAGGGUCCUAGUGGAGGCUGUGUAUAACCCCAACAUGCCCUUCAAAUGGAAUGCCCAGCGCAUUCAGACCUUACCUCAGCUGGCCAACCAAUCGCUUCAGCAGCAGCCCCAGUCCUUACCUCCAGUUCCCCCACAGCUAAGCAGCUUCUAUGCUGACCCGGGGAUGCAUCAGCGCUACUCAGACAUGCACCCCGUUGGCAUGGACAGCAGACAAAAUAGUCAGCCUGGAGGCCCCAACAUGAUGAAACCGGGUCCCAACAUGCCCCAGUCUCUGCCUCCCCCCAACACUUUCAGUGUACAGGCCCAGGGCCCCCCUCCCCUCCUCCAGGCCCAGUUCUCUGCUGCCUCCCUGGCCCCGCUCCUCCUGAACCCCCCUCCGCCCCUGCUGUCACAGCCACCACCCAAAGAUGUGUUCACAGGAGGUCUGCUCCAGCCCCCAAGGAGGAUGAUGCCUCAGCCAGUCAGGCGCCUGGACCCCUCCCCCCGCUUCCCCAACCGCAACGACCGCCCUGAACUCAUCCUCAGGACCAAGGAUGAACGCAGUCGUGAAAGAGACCGUGAGCGCAGGAGGUCCAGAGAGCGCUCUCCCACGCGUAAACGCUCCAGGGACCGUUCUCCGAGACGUGACCGCUCCCCCCGCCGCCCUCGCAAGGUGGUGCCUCGCUAUACUGUCCAGUUCUCCAAGUUCAGCCUGGACGGUUCUAACUGUGACAUGAUGGAGCUGAGGAGACGCUACCAGAGCCUGUACAUCCCCAGUGACUUCUUUAAUGCUGUGUUCACCUGGGUGGAUGGCUUCCCCCUGCAACGACCCUUCCAGUUCGGCAACUACUGUAACUUCCACAUCAUGCACAAAGAGGUGGACUCUCUGGUCAAGAACACUGCUGUGCUGGACCCACCUGAUGCCAACCACACAUACAGCGCUAAGGUGAUGUUGCUGGCCAACCCCAGUCUAGAGGAGCUCUACCAUAAGUCCUGUGCUCUGGCUGAGGACCCCCAAGAACUUAGAGAUGCUUUCCAGCACCCCGCCCGCCUCAUCAAGUUCCUGGUGGGGAUGCGGGGUAAGGAUGAGGCUAUGGCCAUCGGGGGCCACUGGUCCCCCUCCCUGGAUGGAGUGGACCCCGAGAAGGACCCGGCUGUGCUCAUAAAGACAGCCAUACGCUGUUGUAAGGCCCUCACAGGCAUAGACCUGAGUCUCUGCACUCAGUGGUAUCGUUUUGCAGAGAUUCGCUAUCAUCGCCCUGAGGAGACUCACAAGGGGCGGACAGUGCCCGCACAUGUGGAGACAGUGGUUUUGUUUCUCCCGGAUGUUUGGCAUUGUCUUCCUACCCGCUCAGAGUGGGAGGGGCUGUCGCGGGGACUCCGGGAGCAGCUGGCUGAGAAGCUGUCCGCCGAAAGGAAGGAGGCUGAUGGAGAACAGGAGGAAGAGGAGAAGGAUGAAGAAGAUUCGAAGGAGGUGACCACUCCGACACACUGGGCUAAGCUUGAUCCGAAAUCAAUGAAGGUGAAUGACCUUCGUAAGGAGUUAGAGUCCCGCUCCCUGAGCUCUAAGGGGUUAAAGUCCCAGCUGAUUGCCCGUCUCACCAAGCAGUUGAAGGUGGAAGAGCAGGUGGAGGAGGCCAAGGAGCCCGAGUUACCGGAGAGCCAGGCCCCGGAGGAGGAGGCGCCUCAACUUAUGGAGGAGGACAGAGAGGAGGAGGAAAGGAAGAAGCAGGAGGAGUUGGAGCGCCAGCGCAGAGAGAAGCGGUACGUCCUGCCAGACGAGCCCACCAUCAUCGUUCACCCCAACUGGGCGGCCAAGAGUGGAAAGUUUGACUGCAGCGUCAUGUCUCUGAGCGUGCUGCUGGACUACAGACUGGAGGACAACAAGGAACACUCCUUUGAGGUGUCUCUGUUUGCGGAGCUGUUUAAUGAGAUGCUACAGAGAGACUUUGGCUACAGGAUUUUCAAGGCCCUGGCCUCUGUGCCCUGCAAGGAUGACAAGAAAGACAAGAAGGUGAAGGCUAAGAAAGAGGCGGGGCAGAAAGAGGCGGGGCAGAAAGAGGCGGGGCAGAAAGAGGCGGGGCAGAAAGAGGCGGGGCAGAAAGAGGCGGGGCAGAAAGAGGCGGGGCAGAAAGAGGCGGGGCAGAAGGGGGAAGUGAAGAAAGGCGAGGAGGAGAACGGAGAGCCGGCGAUGAAGAAGGCAAAGGAAGAGGAACAGGAGAGGAAGAAGGAGGGCGAGGAGGGGGGCGAGAAGGAGGGCGAGGAGGGGGGCAAGAUGGAGGGCGAGGAGGGGGGUGAAAAGGAAGAGGAGGUGCUGAAAAAGGAGGAGUCUAUAGAGGAGAAGGGGGAGGAUGAGAGCAACAACACCAAUGCUGAGGAGUACGACCCUCUUGAGGCCGAAGACGACGACGACGACGAUGAAGAUGAUAAAGACGAUGAGGACUCUAACGACAGGGACAGGAAAGACGACAGGAAGUCCAAAGAGGGGUCCUCUAAAGACAAGGAGAAGAAGCAGAUGGUGACCUACAACAAGGACCUGCUCAUGGCCUUUGUCUACUUUGACCAGAGCCACUGUGGCUACCUACUGGAGAAAGACCUGGAGGACAUCAUGUACACACUGGGGUUACAUCUGUCCAGAGCCCAGGUAAAGAAGUUGUUGAACAAGCCAGAGGUAAGAGAGUCGUGUUACUACCGUAAACUAACAGAUGCAGCUAAAGACGAGGCGGCUCCUUCCUUCAGUGAAUGCCUGCUGGACAACCUGCUAGGUAACCGUGCGUUGCUGCCCAUGUUUGUCUCUCGUGGCCAGGCAGCGCUAGCAGAUGCUAGUGAGUCAGGAGGAGGCAGCAGUCUGAUAGUGUAUAAUGGAGCCAUGGUAGAUGUGGGCAGCAUGAUGCAAAAACUGGACAAGAGUGAGAAGGCCAGGGAGGAGAUUGAGCAGAAACUAAUGGUGCAGGACUCCAAAAUGGUCGAGGACACCAAGCAGAUCCUCCAGCUGGUAUCUGCUAAUAGAGUCCUGUCUAAAGAUCUGGAGGAGGUGAAGGGAACCCUGGGCCAGACAGAGAACAACCUCAGGACCACAGAGGAACAGAACACGGUCUACCACAACCAGCUUAGCAAGACACUUAACAACCUGGGCAAUGCCAUGAAUGAACUUCAGGGAGUCCUCAAGAAGGAGGUUCCCACAGAAGCCACCCCUGACCAAAUAUCCCAAACAACCAAUGGUUCAGAUGAAUUAAUGAAGGAGUUGGACAAUGAAGGUUGUGCAACAGGGAUGAUGAUGGUGGUGAUGAAUUCCUUGAUGAGAGAAAAACUUGAGAAAUGAGCCCAAAGCAGCCUAGUGCAUUUAAUUUUUCUAUUGAAAAUUGACUAUGGUUGUCCUUUGCAGAAUUAAAGUGGUCAAUUUUAGUGUUUUAUUGUCUUUUUGUCCUGUAUCUUUAGAGCCUUUUUGUGUAUAAAAACUAAAAUAAACGUGUACUAGAUAUUUUGAUUUA